CCGACCACACCGGUUCAAGGUUUCCUAUGAUUCUUUAGCGUUGUUCGUAGGUUCGUGCAUCAGUUCGUGCGUUGCUACACCGGUUCAAGGUUUCCUGCGAGUCUUUAGCGUUGUUCGUAGGUUCGUGCAUCGGUUCGUGCGUUGCAUCUGCUCUUUGAUACUAGAGGCUCAGGAUAUUACUGAUUUAGGCUCUCUGAAUCAAGCAGCAAAGAUCUUUAUUCCAGGAACUAAAAUAUGAGUUACAAGACUAAAAGAACAUUGGUAGCUAUUGACGAAGGGUCGAGCAUUGCUGCAUCCAAGUCCCCAAAAUCUUCUGAUCCAUCCACCCAAAACUGGGGACCGUUUAGUCCUCCAACACUUGGAGUGUCAUAGACAUUUGGGACGGUAUCACAACCCAUUAAGCAACCAGUAGCUGCUAAAAAAACCAUGGUUGCACCACAAUCAUCCUUGCCUCGGCCUACUUCCAUGGUUUCAAAGCCACAACUGAAGGCAUUAUCAAAACCAUCCUUUACCCAGACAAAACCAUCCUCUAACCCAUUACAACAACCAAUUCCGCCCACUCUUACAGGAACAACACAAAGUAGAUGGUAUAAAGGACCUACGUUUCCCAAUCUGACUGAAAUUGCAACACAAAAAGCGUCAACACCGAAUCCACACCAGCCUACUAUGCAGCCUGUGUUGCAGCCUUUCAAAGCUACCUUGCAGCCUUCUUUGCAGCCUUUCAAAGCUUCCCAACAGCCUCAAACAGCUACCAAUCAGCCUCAAAAAGCUACCCAUCAGCUUCACAAAGCUACACAACAGCCUCAAAAAGCUACACAACAGCCGGUAUCUUCUUUUACAAGUGUCAAACCACAUUUAGAGAAAAGAGCAUUUGUUGCACCUUUGGGAGCAACAAAACAUGUGAUGUCACAAUCUCCUACACCACCAGACACCAUGGCAAUGAAAAAGAGAACCGGGAAGCAAGAAGGUCAGUUGCCUCCAACAUACAUGCAUGUGAGUGAGAAUGUAUUUCAACCUCUGCGAUCUCCUCCAUCCAAUCAGGUUGAGAGUGAAGUUAUGCCAAACUACAACUGGGACGAAUUUGAAGAAUCGGCUUCAGAGAGUGAAAAUGAAUUUGAUCAAGGAGAAGGAGGUGAUACUGCUGUAAAGAAACCAACACUUCGACAUCGAAUCAUUAUUCCAAAUUGGCCAGAAUCGAGGGAGUUUGAUGAGAAGGUGGAGGCUAUAGCUAUAGAUGCUGAUGGAAUACGACAUCUGGUAAAGGGACCAGUUCUGCCUCGAGACGUUUGGCAUGAUGCAAAGGGGUUCAGAUACAUUGUCAAGCUCAAUGAAUUCAACCAACCUAUUCGAAAAGGUGGGAAGAUCCUUGUGAGCUUCCUUGGAGAUAUUGCAAAAAAUGAUUCACUUUGUCCAGUGGGAGUCCCAAGUUGGCGUGCUGUGAACAAUCAGUUAAAAACUAAUGUUGUUACAAUGAUUCGGAAACAUUUUGUGUUACCUGAUGGACCUGUAGUUAACAAGGCACUAGUGAUGCGUAUUGACAAACCAUGGAACAAUCAUCGAUACAAAUUGAAGAAGGAUUUUUUCGAUCCAGUGAAUAAAUCUCGAGAAGAGAACUAUGCCAACGUGCCUGAUGGAGUGUCCACUAGGAGUUGGACGGAAUUGGUAGAUUAUUGGCUUUUACCAGAGGCCAUGGAAAAAUCUGAAAUGGGAAAAAAUGCUCGAGCUUUACAAGGCAAUAAGCACAACAGUGGUGCUACAAGCUUUGCUAAUCGAAGAGUUGAUAUGAAAGAGAAGAAAGGAGAGUUUAGCGAAUUGGCAUUUUUCAAAUCAGUUUACUCCAAAGAAGAUGGAAGCUUUAAAGAGGGCACACUUCCUCAUCAAUUUGUGGAGGAUGCCAACAAAAAGGUCCAAGAAAAUCUUGCGAGUUCCUCUUCUUCAAAGCCCGUAAUUGAAAUUGAGAAUGCAGUCUUUAAUGAGCUCAUGUAUAAAGGUGAAGUACCUAAAUGUCCUCUGAAUUAUGGAUUUGGAGUGAAGCAAAGAGACAUCUUUGGAGUGGAAGGUUUGCUGAGGAAAGAAGGGUCAAGCUAUGUUAACAACAAUGCUAUGGAAGUGGAGAACAUGAAAGGUGAAAUAUCAGUUGUCAAGAAGCAAAAUGAGGACCUUGCAUUACUGAUGAUUUUGGUGGCAAUGGUGACAACCAGGCCGAGAAAUGAGACUUUGACACUAUUGACAAAUGCAAGUAUAGACAAUGCUGCUAUCAACACAUGCAGACAAUUGUUCUUUUUCUUGGGUAAGUUUUCAAAAGUACAAAAGAAUGUUUUUCUUGUAGUUAGUGCCUGCGAACCAGAAUUAGACACUUACGAACUAGCUAGUGAUUGGCUUGACAAGGAGGUCAAGACAAAUUCACUUCGCACUUGGAAUGAAGUGACUAGAGCAUUUUUGAGCAAGUUCUACUCUCAUGGCAAGACAGCGGAAUAUCGCCACAAAAUUCAAUCAUUUGGGCAAAAGCGGGAUGAAUCUCUUUUUAAAGAUUGGGACCGAUUCAAAGAAUACCAAAGGGAGUACCCUCACCAUGGGAUCCCUAAGUGGUUGUUACUUCAAACCUUCUACUUGGGAUUGAGCCCAACCUCCAAGACGAGUCUAGAUGCGGGGGCGGGUGGUCCCAUCAUGAACAAGACCGAAGAUCAAAUUGAAGAGAUAAUUGAGGAUGUGGCCCAAAAUUACCAAGCUUGA